UGCAAAACAAGCCCAAAUCAUCACCCCUCCACCACGUGCUUGACAGUUGCUGCGCGCGCCCGGCAGGCACGGGACAGCCAAAUGGGAAAGAUGAACACACGCUGCGCGCGCUCGCUCUCUCUCUCGGACGCGCUCUCCCGGUAGCACUUUGCUUUUGCACUUUACCGUCCCGUCAAGUGAUCCUAAGGAUCCCGCAAGAUGACCAUCAACACCCUCGCUAAAGGAGGGUGUCAUCGGGAGCAAAUGGCAUGCUUUCGAAAGAUGGAGAAAGUGAUUGUGGCCAUGCAGGACCCUGACAUGGGCAUGAAGAUGAGAAACCAGAGGCUCCUCAUAACUGUCAUUCCACAUGCCAUGACAGGUCAUGAUAUAAUUGCCUGGUUGAUGCACAAACGGAUCAGUGAAGAGGAGGCUCUGCACCUUGGCAACAUGCUGGUGAAAUACGGAUACAUUUACCCCCUCAAAGAGCCGAGGUGCCUUGUGCUACGGCCCGAUGAGUCCCCUAACCGCUUCCAGACUCCUUACUUCUGGACUAGUACCAGGUGGCCUGCCUCAGAGCUGGACUAUGCAAUCUAUUUGGCUAAAAAGAAUAUAAGAAAACAAGGAGAACUGAUGGAAUAUGAGAAGGAAAGGUACAGUCUGUUGCACAAGAGGAUCAACCACACCUGGGACUUUGUGGUGAUGCAAGCCAGAGAGCAACUCAGAGCGUCCAAACAGCGGCGGAAGGCUGACCGCAUUGUUCUAGAGUGUCAGGAGCAGGCUUACUGGCUCAUCAACAGGCCCCCGCCUGGGGUUAAUAACGUGUUGGACAUGGGUUUAGAGCGACCAAAUACUUCAGCUCUCCGGGUCACGCUGAACAGUGACUACUACAAAAGAGAGAUUGAAGCCUGUAGAAAGGCCCUUGGAAUAAACCGUGUAAAGUCAUCUAUCUGCCUGGAGGGUUUUCUGAAAUACAGUGAGCAGUACCUGAACCACGAUCCCAUUAUGCAAGGCUGCCUGCGUAAUCCUUGGAUCUCUGAUGACAGCGCACACUGGACGAUGAAUGCAGAAAAUGUGAUGCCAUUCCCAACACGUCUUCGAGUAGAGCGCUGGAGCUUCAGCUUCAUGGAGCUCCUCAGUGAUGCCAUGGGGAGGCGGGAGUUCAUGACCUACCUGGAGAAAGAGUUUAGUGCGGAGAACCUGUAUUUCUGGCAGGCAUGUGAGGAUAUUAGACACGGAGAAAGCUCCAAAAUCGUAGAGAAAGUGGAAGCAGUCUACAAGAAUUUCCUGGCUCCUGGAGCGGCUCGCUGGGUCAAUAUCGACAGUAAGACGAUGGAUAAAACCUUAGAGGGCAUCAAGCGGCCGCAUCGCGUCGUCAUGGAUGAUGCACAGAUGCACAUCUACUUCCUUAUGAAGAAGGACUCCUACCCAAGGUAUCUCAAGUCUGACCUGUACAAAAAUAUGCUGGCCAAAGCCGUUGUCCCACAGGAAACCAAGAAAAGCGUGUUCCCCUUCAUGAGACGCCAGAGGCACUCUAGCCCCUCCCCUGCUCAGACUGCCACCCAGGCAGCAGAGGAAGAAGGCUGUGCCAAGGGGGCUGGGCAAGCAGGUACCAACUCUGCAGCUGGUUCUCAUUACUGAUGCAGCCCCCCCACAAAAAGAGACAGAGAGAGAGACUCGGUCACUUUAUUCUCUGUCGUCUGAGUUUUUUCUUUUAAGUCAAACAGAGCUCCUCUUACAUGCAGCGUCAUCACUAGAGCUAGGAUUUCAGAAACAGGUGUUAUUGUAUACCUGAGCAGGAUCACAUUGAAGGACAACCAGUGAACAGCAGAGAAAGAGUUUUUAUACAUCCUUAUUGCUGCAUCUGCCUCCCAUCCCAGUGUGCUGAAUUGUUUUUGAGAUGGUCCCUAUAUCAAGUGUUCCUUUAAUCUCUUAUGAGCAGGUUUAGAUAAAGGAGUUGGUAAUAAGAAUUUAUUCAAGAAAUCUGCCUCAGCAUGACUGUGAUUGUUGUACAGUUUGCUUGUGCGCUUCAGAACACGCUGGAGCUUCACACAUGUGAUUGUCGUCGCUGUUAAUUUUUUCUCGAGCACGCUUGCAUCCCAAUAAAAUGUCACAACAGCUGUCAGCGUGGUGUUAUGUCCUCAGCUCUGCAUGCUGUGAAUGCCUGUGUGUGCGCGGAUCUGUGAUCAGGUUUCAUAGCUCCUUGCCCUUCCUCUCUUUCUACCACACACUGCAAAUCAAUUUUAUGGUUUUAGGAGUUAUUAAACCCCAGAUGUGAAGGGUUUGCAAUCACCAAAGCAAACUGUUGUUGACAUGUGAGGCUUCAGUCAUUUGACCCUUCCUAUG